GAUUGGAAGAUGCAUUUGGGCCGAAAAUCAGAAAGAAGUUGAGAAGACAAAGGAGAAGAUUGGAGAAUGCAUGGUGAGGGAGGCCGGGGAGUGGAUUUAUUAAGUCAAUACCAAGUGGAAUGAGCAAUUUUUUGUGGAUCUGCGGGACCAGACAUGCAACUGCAGACGAUGGAUGUUGACGUGAUUACUGUGUCAACAUGCCAUUGCCGCGAUUGAGAUGACUUCAGAGAAUGUUGACAACUUUGUUGCAAAGGAAACCUUCCAGCGGGCGUAUGAGGCUAUCAUCUACCCGGUCCAAGGACCGUAGCUAUGGACGAAGACGGCCCACUCGGACGCUGUUCCACCCGAGAUGACCAAGCUGCCGGAACGUCCGAAGGGAGCGAGACAAAUGAGCGUGUAAGAGGCACGAGAAAUGACCAAAGAGAAAGCUCGGGCAACCCAGAUACUGCAAGUUAGGGAUGACAUUGAUGGAGGACAAAAGAUAUCACGGAAAGGGUUGAUGAUGGAUUACAAAUGUCAUCUUUGUGGUGUAGUCGGUCACAACAGAAGAAGAUGCCCCGAACGUCUGCCAGCAGCUCCGAGCAGCCUAAAACGCAUGAAAGGUAAGAAGUGGCAGCGAGGCGAAGAGAAACAAAAAUGCACAUUGUGUCAUCAACCUGGUAACAAUAGGGUACGGUGCCAAACUGUUGUUGCAGAUAUGUUUGUGGAUCAGGUCUCCUCGGUUGUGGGUGAUAGCCAAGCUACUUCAUCAACUGCGAAGAAGAAGUAAAAAUGUUGUGAUGUGUUUCUUUAUACAAAACAAUUGUGUUACCCCCUCAAAAUUCUUGUGUUACCACCUGACUUUGGUUGAUUUUGGUUGUUUUUUGUUUUUAGUGCCUGCUUA